GCCAUCGCUACUCAUCCCGAUCUCCCGUCGGCCGUCGCACGAACCAGUCCACAUGAUGGCCGGCGGCGGCGACCUGGCCGCACUCCACGAGCAGCAUCCUCCGCCGCCAUCUCCGCCUCCAACCUCGACCUCGCAUUCCAACUCCAGGUCGUCGAAGCCAUCCAAGCAUCUCUCCGCUCACCCAAUGCCGCCGCCCCAUCAUCGUCAUCGCAGGCCGCCCCCAUCCUCCCCGUCCCCGAGCCCUCCUCCGACGCCGCCUACGCCUUCACGGUCCUGGCUGCUGACCUCGCGCGCGCCGAGCAGGACCGCCGCGACGUCAAGGCCUGCCGUGCCGCCCAAGCUCGGGCUGCCCAGUCAUUGGGUAGUUUCACUAAGAUAUGCUUGGCAUUUGGCGCCCAUCUGGGAAGAAGCUGGCAGAUAUGAUGAAUGAGGUUCUGUCAGUCCGAAAGAAGUUUGAUCAAUGUGAAGUCUCACUUGUUGAGCCAAGCCAAGUCAGCUAUGUCGUAAAAUUAGCAACAGAUUCACUAGCUGUUCAGAUUGCCAAAGCUCUUGCUGCCAAUGCUAGCAAGGAGAAAAGAGAAAGCUGCGCCACCGUGGUGAACAAGGUGGUCGUGGCCAUCAACCAGCGCUAGCACAUCACACGCUGCUCGAGUGCCUCAAGGAGUGGAACGUCGAGCCCCUGCUGCUCUGCCGAGGUGCACGUGCACUGCGUAAGAGCAGAGAAGUAUACACAAGAAAAACUAAAGUAUAGCGACUGAAGAUGGAGCGUUUAAACAUCAUUGUGAAGUUUUUUCGAUGUUCAGACUAGCAGAAUGUGAAUGUUGUUAUGUUCCCGCAGAUGCGACACCAUGGCGUACAAUGUUCAUGUUCGUGGUCAUAAUCGAUAUGUAAACCUUUGUUUUUUACAACAAGCUCACUUUUAUUUCAACGGCAUGAAGCUGAUACAAUGGUUCCAGAAUCUGUUAGUGCAAAUGCCUGUUUUGCUA